UUAUAAACAAAUUCUUUGUGCAGGUUUUUCAGCAAGAAAUUGCAGAACAUUCUUUCUAGGAGUUCGAGAUACUACAAUUGUCAUUCACUCAUUCAUCUUUUUCAAAGCCAUUGCUCUCCAUACUAUUAUCUUCUUAUCCAUUGUUAUAUGACAGCGAUUAUAUAUUUCUAUUAUUUAUAUGUCCCUCUCCUUUAGUUUUCAUUUAGAUUCUAAAAACGACACCAGCUGACGGUAUUGAAGUUGGGAUGACAAGUAACAUGAUGGUAUGUGGUUUAUAAUUCUUUUGACUUCAAACUGCAACAAAACGAAGUUAGAGAUGUGCAUAUACAAUACGUCAUGAAGAACAAUAUAUGUGAAGACCAUUAAUAAUUAUCUAAUGUUUCGAGAAUGAUUUACCUUCUGGUGAUGUAAGCUAUAUUACGUGUUGGAAACCAAAUACCACUUGUGAAGCUGUAGCAGCCUGCUCUUGUAAAUCUUAUAAACGAACUUCAACAAGGAAGAUGCUUAAAGAUAUUGAGGUUAUAGCAAUCACACCAGCUGAGGGUAUUGAAGUGGGAAACACAGUUAGUAUAUCAAUAACAUGCGAGUAUAAGUCAUAUAAUCUUCUUGACUUCAGACUACUACGAAACGGAAAUGCAGUCGUACAUAUACAAUAUUCCCGUAUCAACCGCGGAUACAAAAAAUUAAAAACUAGCGAUGGUUUCGACUGUGAUUUACCUGUUGGUAAUAAAGGUAAUGUUACCUGUUGGAAAUAUAAGCCCACUUGCAUAGAUGUAGUACCUUACUCAUGUAAAAUAUUCCACACAACUUCAAGAAGGAAGGUUUUUAAAGCAAAAUCUACCUUAGAGAGUCUCGAUGUUGCCGAAGGAUUUAAUGAAGGAGGCAAUGAAAUAAGACACUUAAGAUGUAUAGCAGAUAUUGGCGUACCUUUUAAAUCGCAUGAAACCUUUAUGUGGAUUGUAACAAAACCUGGUAAAUCAUACAAUUUCACCAAAAAGGAGGAAAUCCCGCUUACUUCGAGCUGUUAUUCUCUGGUAUCAUCAGAUUAUACUUUCACUUUACCAGCCAAAGACCUACAUGACACAAAUAUCACAUGUAAAACAAAUUUUGCUUCACUUGAUGUACAAUUCUCCAAUGAGAUGUAAAAUCGUUAGAAAAGACUGCUGUUUGCUUAACAACUUUUCCAAGACUUCGAAGUCAACUUCACAGUUAACUCUAUUGAAGAAUGGCUAAAUCAAUAUGGAAUAUUAACAGCUUCAACGUAUCUCUUAGCCAAGAAAUACUACAAAUGUUUCAGUUCACGUUGCUGAAAGUGAAUAACGUGGAUGAGAAACUAUUACAUGAAUGACAGUUGUCCACUCGAGUACAAGGAAGAACUUUACUGUUUCCUUACUAGGAGCCGACGAAUAUUCCUCCGUCUUCCUUAUACUUCCCUGCUAACUUCAAAGAUGUUGUUAACUAUAAUUAUACUGACGAUGGCUUCUUACUCUUCUGCCUCUAUUACGAUUUCAAGAAUAACACCAUCUGAUGGUAUUGUCGCAAUUAGAAAGACAGGAAAUAUUACAAUAACAUGCCAGUAUGAGGUGAAUAGUCUUCCUGACUUCAAACUCCAACGAAACGGAGAGACAGUUGUACAUAUACAAUAUUCCACAAGCGACCAUAAAUAUGAAAAAAUACAAACUACCAAAGGUUUCGACUGUAGUUUACCUACAGGUAACGCGGGUAAUAUUGUCUGUUGGAAAGCCACUCCCAAAUGCAAUGAUAUAGCAAACUACACGUGUGUAACACCCGAAGAAUCUUCAUCCCCGAAAAGGUUUAAAGCCAUAUCUACCCCUCGGACAAUCACAAUUUACAACCGAACGAGGGAAUAUAACAUGUUAUAUACAGUCUUCAGAUGUGUAGUAUUUGUCGUCCCGCCUAGUCCUCAAAAUUUAACGAUAAUAUGGACAUUGUUCGGUCCUAAUAUAAACAAUGUAACAAAAUAUGAUUACCCAGUAGUUCCUGCUCCGAAGACAUGUUUUUCUCGGGUAACAUCAAUUUAUUCUUACUCUGAGGAUACCAAUGACCAAUAUUUAAGAACCAUCGCAUGUCAGACACCUUAUGGUUUAGUUGAUUCAAAAGUGAGCAAAGUAAUGUUUACUCAGAGGAGGAACCCAAAAGAAAUGGAAUGACUGCGACAAAGAAAUUAGACUGCUGUUUGAUGAACAUCUUUCGCGCAUAUUCGAAAUAAAGUCAACUUUUUCUGUAAUAAAUAAACAUUUCCACUCUAUA